ACGACCCACCCCACUCACGAUUCCGACAUCGCCCUAUCGAGAAGUUCAGAAUGUCCGGCAACAAAGUUGUUCUUUGAAGGAUACGCAGCAAGAACACAAUUUGUUAGGAAACAUGAUCGAUCGGUACUCAGACCAGGUACCAGACAGGAGUGCUGUGCCCCCUCCUAUCAAGGGAAUGCAGAAAUGGCCGAACAACUUCGAAACCUCUUGAAUGCGUUGAAGAAUUUGGAGAGCGCAGUGCGAUUGUACUACGAGGAGGAAAGCAGCUCAAGUCGUGGUGUUCAAGAAGCUGCCAAUACAGUCGGAGCAGCAUCCAGAGGAGUCCAAACAAUUGUUGGUGAGCAAGAGAGAUGUCGGGUGAAGAACAAUGGCUAA